CGGCGAGUAUCCCGUGGCUGAGACGAUGAUGAUGCUGGGCUUCUUCGUCAGCGUAUUGGUAGAGCAAAGCGUGCUGACCUUCAGGAAGGAGACGCCAUCCUUCAUCGACCUGGAGACCUUCAACGGUGGUGGCUCAGAGACUUUGAAUUUCAACUUCAUUCCGAGCGGGUCCCGUGGUGAAAAGGUGACGAGCAGACGCUAGCGACCCCCGUGAUGACCUUUAACCCCCAUCCAGCCAAGGGGGAGCCACAACAAGAGAGAGUGAGACCUGCUCCAAACGUCGUCCCCCUUCCAGCCAUGGACGAGCUUCUGCUUGGCGGCGGCGGCGGCGGCGGAGAGGAGGAGGCUCACUCCGAACAUAGCUCCUGUACGCCGGGAGAUGCCGGCAGGAGCAUGGCGGACCGCCUGAAGACUUGUCUUCAUGUCACUGUGAACGGGGAGAUCCGCAGGAACGUGCAGGACUUUGCCAAGAGGAAUGGCCUCCUGACCCUGUCGGUCAUGGCCGUGUUGAGCGGCUGCACGCUGGGCUUCACACUGAGGGGAACCCAGCUGUCCACACAGGCCAAGAUCUACUUCUCCUUCCCGGGAGAACUUCUCAUGAGGAUGCUGAAGAUGCUCAUCUUACCUCUCAUUACAUCCAGUCUGAUGUCAGGCUUGUCAUCCAUGGAGUCAAAGGCGUGCUGCCGCAUGGGUGUGCUGACCGUCACGUACUACCUGUGGACCACCUUCAUCGCUGUGGUGGUGGGCAUCGUGCUGGUGCUCAUCAUCAAGCCCGGCGUGGGCACCGAGAUGGAGAGCAACCGGCUCGGAGGCGGGCCCGUCAUGACCUCGGCCGAUGCCCUCCUUGACCUGAUCAGGAACAUGGUACCUUCCAAUCUGAUUGAGGCGACGUUCCAGCAGUACAAAACAGACCUGGUGCCCAUCCUGAAGGUCCCGACCAAAACUAUCCAGCCCAACUUUGUGUACGUGGUCCCAGACGAGAGUGAGCCCAAAGGUCGCACGGUCUUCCUGGAGUUGACUCCGCCCCCCGAAGUCACAUACAAGACGAGUCCCGGCAGCAGCCAGCAGAUGAAUGUGCUCGGCAUUGUCAUCUUCUCAGCCACCAUGGGUCUGCUGCUGGGCAGAAUGGGCGAGCGAGGAGCACCACUGGUUAAUGUGUGUCAGUGCAUCAACGAGUGCGUCAUGAAGAUCAUCAACGCCGCUGUGUGGUACUUCCCAUUCGGGAUCAUCUUCCUGGUGGCAGGAAAGAUCCUGGACAUGCAGGACCCAAGCACGCUGGGAAAGAAGCUGGGGUGGUACGGCAUCACCGUGCUUGCUGGCCUCUUUGUGCAUGGCUUGGUGCUCCUCCCCCUCUUUUACUUCCUGCUCACAAAAAAGAACCCCUUCAAGUACAUCCGUGGGCUACUGCAGGCCAUGGUCAUCGCCCUGGCCACCUCCUCCAGCUCGGCAACGCUGCCCAUCACCAUGAAGUGUCUGCUGGAGAACUGUCAAGUGGACCGCCAGAUUGCACGCUUCGUGCUACCUGUGGGCGCCACCAUCAACAUGGAUGGCACGGCGCUCUACGAGGCUGUUGCGGCCAUCUUUAUUGCCCAGGUCAACGACUACGAGCUGGAUUUUGGCCAGCUGGUCACCAUCAGUAUCACUGCCACUGCGGCCAGCAUCGGUGCAGCCGGCAUCCCUCAGGCAGGCCUGGUUACCAUGGUGAUUGUGCUGACAUCAGUGGGCCUACCCCCCGAUGACAUCACCCUCAUCGUGGCCAUUGAUUGGAUCCUGGACAGAUUUCGGACCAUGAUCAACGUGCUGGGUGAUGCCUUGGCGGCAGGCAUCAUCGCCCACCUGUGUCGCAAAGACUUUCCACUGAGUGGGGCAGGAAAGGGUGUCCCCUCGUACGGCACGCACACGCCCCACAACCUCAACAACAGCGUGGACGUGCCCAUGUGUGAGCUCCACACACACAAAGAUGCCGACGCAGUUUUGGACAGGCACACACACACCGUCUAUUAUAACAUCUGUCAGGUGUGAGCCAUGGCAACACCCCCGAGGUCAAGGUCAGCCACAAGGGGGCGACGCCACAUGUUUGGACAUGGACAAAAGAAAGACGACUGAUUGGAGGCUGGCUCUGACCACAUAAGUGCUCUUCUCGUGUGUGUGUGUUCGACAGCAUGCUGGCAUGCGUCUCUCUGUCUGCCUCUUGUGCUUUACUUCCUGUUUCCUGUUUGUGAUGCAGGCAGCUAACUCGUCCACACUGGCUUUGUGCAUUUAUUCUUUUACUCUGAAUUUCAUUUCAUUUUGGGAAAGGAAGGAUGAAGAGUGGAUGUUCCUCAUCUUCCUCUGUGAAGAAGUCAAACAGGAAGUAGUUCUGCCUUAACUGGACUGUCCUUCAUUACAAUCCUCACACAUUCGUGUGCUCAUCUGCCAACGCACAAAAACACUCACUUUUUUAUAUCUUUUUGAUUUUUUUGUACUGUUAUGUGCAAAAACAUAA